AUGUUACGGGUUUUGCUGCUUACUAUUUCUGUACUUGCUGUUGCUCAUGCUGAGCUCUGCAAGCCAGAUGCACAGAAUGCUUUCAAAGUACGGCUUAGUAUCAAAACAGCUUUGGGAGAUAAUGCAUAUGCCUGGGAUGCCAAUGAAGAGUACCUCUUCAAAGCAAUGGUGGCUUUUGCAAUGAGAAGAUAUUCCAGCAAGAGCACAACUCAAAUUUCCAAUGUGCUGCUCUGCAACAUGACAGGUCGUGUGUCAUUUUGGUUUGUGGUCACAGAUUCUUCCAAAAAUGUGACAACCGUUCCUGGAAGUGAGGUAGAGGCAGCCAUCAGGAUGAACCGGAACAGAAUCAACAGUGCCUUCUUACUGAAUGACAAAACACUGCAGUUCCUGCAGAUAACCUCAACCUUAUCACCUCCCGUUGAACCCUCCACUCCUGUCUGGCUUAUCAUAUUUGGUGUUGUUCUUUGCCUCAUUGUGGCUGGAAUUGUUUUCCUCAUUGUUGGAGGGAUUCGGAAACACAAGAAAAAGAAUAAAGAGCCAGCAGAGAGAGAAAAUUUAGAAGAGAAAGGCGAAGUGAAUGUAACAGUAGAAAACGGGAUUCCUUGCGAAGUGCUGGAUUUAAAAGCAGGCCACAUUAAUGGAGUCUUUGCAGCAGACGAUGAACGGUUCACACCCUUAUGAAAUGUUGCUGUUGCUAUCUGGUGGGUUUUUGAAAGACUCCUGUGCUGACUUUAUCUCGUCGCUAGUCCCAAACAUCAAACAUGAAGACAAGAAAAAUGUUCUUUCAUUUAAUUUCCCUUGAGGGGACCUUUUGCUUUGAUAACACACACACUCGAACCUCCAUUACAGAGCUUUUGUUCAUGAGAAAAACAAAUGAGAAGACCUCGAAUGAUGUGCAUUAAAGAUUUCCAGAAGAUGUGUGUCAGAAGAGGAUUGAAACCCACCUUGUCAAGCAUUUGAUUUUUAAUGAUGAUUUAAAUAUGUCCAUUGCUUGUUUUUCUCUGAUAUAAAUGUGAAACUGCAUUAUUCCUGAAUGUCACCAGGGAGAUCAUCUAUCAUUGUCAAUUCUUGAUGGAUUUUCUUUCAAACCAUAUGCAAAAAUUACCCUGUAAAAUGACUUCUGUUUGCUGAUAUGCAGUAUGCCUUUGGAUGGACUAGUGAGCAAUGCAUGAAAGUUUUCAUUUAUUGAGGAGAAAAAAAAAACCCAAGCUUUCACAACCUCCAUAAGAGCAGAUUAAAAAAGCAGCUGGGUCACCUAUAACUUUAGGGCUAGCAAAGAUCUGGUACUAACUGGUUUUCACUUAACAGUCAAAGUCACAGAU